ACCCUUUCUCUUUUCCUCCACCUCCUCUCUCUCACUCUCUCUCUCUCUCUCUCUCUCUCACUCUCCGCCUUCUCAAGAUUCUUGCAACCCCCAUGGCCACUCUCCUUAAAACGCUCCCGUUUAAAUCCCCUGCUUCUCUGCCUCCACGUGUAACACCCAUUUCCUUAAUCUCCCCAAAGCCCUUCCGUGUCUGCCUCAAACAAAGAAUUGCUCGUACAAGCUGUCCCUUCCGGUUCAGCUCCACUCCCUCUCUCAGGUUCGUAAAGUUGGUUCCUUUGGCUUCAAAUGGAGGUGAAACUGAAACUACUGAGACCCAACAAGAAGUUCAAGAACCUCAAAUUGAGGACUCUUCAGAUGGUGCUGUUGCUGUUGAAGAGGAUGCUGGUGUCGAUGACAGUAGUGACGUUGAAGAAAUACCUUCUUCAGCCAUAGUAUCAUUGCUCCAAUCAUACAAAGAAGCUUUGGCAAGUAAUGAUGAGUCAAAAGUUGCCGACAUAGAAGCAUUUUUAAAAUCCAUUGAAGAUGAGAAAGUUGAUCUUGAAAAUAAAAUGGCUUCUUUGUUAGAAGAAUUAUCAAUAGAGAAGGAUCGAAUUAUUAGGAUUAGUGCAGACUUUGACAACUUCCGUAAGAGGACAGAGAGAGAGCGCCUUUCAUUGGUAACAAAUGCCCAAGGAGAAGUUUUGGAAAAUUUGUUGCCUGUUUUGGAUAAUUUUGACCGAGCUAAAGCCCAAAUCAAGGUUGAAACGGAGGAAGAAGAGAAGAUCAAUAACAGCUAUCAGAGCAUAUACAAGCAGUUUAUGGAGAUUUUGGGCUCGCUUGGUGUAGAACCUGUGGAAACGGUGGGAAAUCCCUUUGAUCCAAUGGUGAAGUACCGAGUCGACUCGAUAUUCAGUCAAGUACUUGAUGAGCUUUCUCGAAAAUUUAAUCAAGUUUGUUCAGGUUUUAUGAAGACCUGGAUACGCUUUUAAUUCAAACCAAGUCUUGAUUGAUUCGAGCUGACUCGCUGCAUGAAGCAAUUAUGCGUGAGGAUUCCACAGAAUUUGAAGAAGGUAUCAUUCUUCAAGAAUUUCGCAAAGGGUUCAAACUAGGAGACAGGCUGUUGCGUCCAUCAAUGGUGAAAGUAUCUGCUGGUCCAGGACCUGCAAAGCCUGAACAAGGAGAGUCAUCAGGAGGGGCAGAUGUAGGUGAAACCACAGAGACGAGUGAAACUGUCAGGAGCAAUGAAACUGCCGAAAGCAGUGAAACUAGCGAGACCAACCCAGGAGCAGAGUCUUCUUGAAGACUGGAGAGCAAACCUGGGUUCAGUUUUGUAUAAGCAACACAUAGUGUUAACACUGCCCCCACUGCUAGGACUCAAAUUUUGGUGGUGGUCAUUGUUGUGGGUGAUAUAUCGUUGUUAAUUUUGUUUCUUUUUGAAAGAAUUCAAAUUGAGAUGAGGAAAUAGGAUGCGUUGGGAACAAUUCCUGUAUCUUUUUAUAUCCCUGCUUGUACACUUGCUAAUGGAGUUACAUAAACAUUAAAUUGAUUAAUGGCUAAUGAGGUAACAUCCAUUGGAUGAGUUAAUUGAGUGAAA